UUGUAUAUAACACAUGUAGUACGCAUACGUGAAACCACUUCAUUGAGAAUAAAAAAAAAAAGAAAGAUUUUAUUUUGGCUAUGGCAACAUUGCAAAAAUAAAACAGGAAAUUCAAAUUUUUACCCCCACCUCCGGCCGUUACCCGCUCGUUGACACUUGCGGGACUUAGCUUCAUUCGUAUUCCAGUGUUCACCACUUCUACACGUAUUCUAAUGUUAAAUCAAAAUGUCGAAACGUGGUAGUGAAGAUACGAGCUUAGAUUUUGUUUUAAACAAAAUAAGAAAAUUAGAAAAAGAAGUGAAGCGUUCACGCCGCGAAAGACGCAAUGGUUUUUCACUUUCUUCAUCUUCAUCCUCAAGUACGUCGUCCUCGUCAUCAAGAGCGCCUUCCCCUAAUCAAGAUGAAACAAUUAAUCAUCAAGAAACGCUUGUGGAUGAACCACCAACGUCGGUUACAGAGGUUGUUGAGGUAAUUACUCCCGACGAAUCGGAAAAUAUAGACAUCCAAGAUAUUUUGGGUGUCGAUCCAACGGUGACCUUAGAAUAUGGACCAGAAAUCCAUAAAGACGUGGCAAGUCGAUUCGCCCAUAUAGCUACCACAGGAUUAGAUAAAGACACUCGAAAAGAGCUGUCUAAUAAAUAUUUGAUUCCUGAAAACUGCACCAGCAUAGCUGCUCCUCAGCUUAACCCUGAGAUCAAAGGAGUUCUCUUUGAUCAAGUAAUAAAACGAGAUAAAGCGAUUGAGGGUAGACAAAAAUUAAUGGCUGUUGGUAUUACGGCUUUGGGAAAAAUUAUUUCUACCCAGCUCAGUAGCAAAGACAAAAACAACGAUCUUAUAAAAGAACUCAUGGACAUCGGCCGUAUAUUUUGUGACAUUCAACAUUCGGAUUCCGAAUGUAGACGGAAUUUCGCUCUUUACUCGGUCAAGAAAGAGUUGAAAGAACAAUUAUCUACGACAAAAAUUGAUAAGUUUCUUUUUGGAAGUAAUCUUUUAGAAACCGUCAAGACGGCCAAAGCUAUAACAAAAUCCUCCUCUGAUUUGAAACCUGACGCUCCAAAGAAGCCCAAGUCUAACCCAACACCUAGUACUUCUGGCAAGCCUUUAAACUGGAAAACGAGGACUCCGGCUCGCAGGCAGCCGCCGGGCCCUCGGUCGCGUCACCAGCAGCCUGCAGCGCAGAGCGCACCGGCUCGAGGGAACUCGUCGCAGAGCUACACACAGCGGCCGAAGCCCUCUCGCCGACAUUAAACAUGGAACCUUCAAACCAACAUUACCCUGGUUGCCGCAAUAUUGUCCGGACCGCGUUGUUACAACAAUGUGUCCCUGUCUCAGCUGUAGACAUCACAAUGGCGUCACUUUCGGAAAAUACAUUAAAACAAUACGAG